UUAUGAAGAUCUGAUUAGAUUAUGCAUGUGAAAGCAAUAGGCCGGGCCUCCUCUGCGCAGUCUUAUUUCUAACUUUAAGAGCCAGGAACCCACUUUUUUGGAGCCUGAUGUUCUAAUAUUCCUUCCUUACGAAAGCCAGGCCAUUGCUUUUUUCAUCUGCCUGGUGCACCGUAAGAGUUCUUUCAAAAGUGUGUUCUUUCAAAAGCGAUCUCUCAUUUUUCUCGUUUUGGGUUUUUAGGUGUCUUUACAUUUGGCAAUCUCCGUCCUACAGAGGGCUGGAAAAGCCCUGCGGGAGAUGGCAUAUCCACCACCCGCUGCCGGGUCGGCCCUGCAGCUGUGCGCACCCGAAAACUGCCAAAGAAGCUGGGUCUUGGCGCGGCGGGACAGGCCAAUCAGAAGAAGUUUGGCCCUCUGCAGUUUCCGUCCGCUCACUAGGAGGCGCUGCGGCAGCGACGGCGGCGUCGGCGGCCGGAGCUGUCGCGGGCUGGGGCGGUUGGGUUGGCAGCUGAGGCUCCUGGCCAUGGAGUGGGGUUCUGAGUCGGCUGCUGUGAGGCGGCACCGCGUCGGAGGAGAGCGUCGGGAGGGAGCGGCGGCCGCGCCACCGCCGGAGAGGGAGGCCCGAGCGCAGGAGCCUCUGGUGGAUGGGUGCAACGGCGGCGGGAGGACGCGGAAGAGGAGCCCCGGGGGUAGCGGCAGCGCGAGCAGGGGCGCGGGGACCGGGCUGUCUGAGGCGCGCGCCGCGCUGGGGCUCGCGCUCUACCUGAUCGCGCUGCGGACGCUGGUGCAGCUCUCGCUGCAGCAGCUCGUGCUACGCGGGGCCGCUGGACACCGCGGGGAGUUUGACGCGCUCCAAGCCAGGGAUUAUCUUGAACACAUAACCUCCAUUGGCCCCAGGACUACAGGAAGUCCAGAAAAUGAAAUUCUGACCGUGCACUACCUUUUGGAACAGAUUAAACUGAUUGAAGUGCAAAGCAACAGCCUUCAUAAGAUUUCAGUAGAUGUACAACGGCCCACAGGCUCUUUUAGCAUUGAUUUCUUGGGAGGUUUUACAAGCUAUUAUGACAACAUCACCAAUAUUGUGGUAAAGCUGGAACCCAGAGAUGGAGCCCAGCAUGCUGUCUUGGCUAAUUGUCAUUUUGACUCAGUAGCAAACUCACCAGGUGCCAGUGAUGAUGCAGUUAGCUGCUCAGUGAUGCUGGAAGUCCUUCGCGUCUUGUCAACAUCUUCAGAAGCCUUGCAUCACGCUGUCAUAUUUCUCUUUAAUGGUGCUGAGGAAAAUGUCUUGCAAGCCAGUCAUGGUUUCAUUACACAGCACCCCUGGGCUAGCUUGAUUCGUGCAUUCAUUAACCUAGAGGCAGCAGGUGUAGGAGGGAAAGAACUAGUAUUCCAAACAGGUCCUGAAAAUCCUUGGUUGGUUCAAGCUUAUGUUUCAGCAGCUAAACACCCUUUUGCUUCUGUGGUGGCUCAGGAGGUUUUCCAGAGUGGAAUCAUUCCUUCAGAUACUGACUUUCGUAUCUACAGGGAUUUUGGGAACAUUCCAGGAAUAGACUUAGCUUUUAUUGAGAAUGGAUACAUUUAUCACACCAAGUAUGACACAGCGGACAGAAUUCUAACAGAUUCCAUUCAGAGAGCAGGUGACAACAUUUUAGCAGUUCUUAAGCAUCUAGCUACAUCUGAUAUGCUGGCUGCUGCUUCUAAGUAUCGACAUGGAAAUGUGGUCUUCUUUGAUGUGCUGGGCCUGUUUGUCAUUGCCUACCCCUCUCGUAUUGGCUCAAUCAUAAACUACAUGGUGGUAAUGGGGGUUGUUUUGUACCUGGGCAAAAAAUUGUUGCAGCCCAAACAUAAGACUGGUAACUACAAGAAGGACUUCUUGUGUGGACUUGGCAUCACUCUGAUUAGCUGGUUCACUAGCCUUGUUACCGUUCUCAUUAUAGCAGUGUUCAUCUCUCUUAUUGGACAGUCUCUCUCAUGGUAUAACCACUUCUAUGUCUCCGUUUGUCUGUAUGGAACUGCAACUGUAGCCAAAAUAAUACUUAUACAUACUCUUGCGAAAAGAUUUUAUUACAUGAAUGCCAGUGACCAGUAUCUGGGAGAAGUAUUUUUUGACAUUUCGCUGUUUGUCCAUUGCUGUUUUCUUGUUACCCUCACUUACCAAGGACUUUGCUCGGCGUUUAUUAGUGCUGUCUGGGUAGCAUUCCCAUUGCUCACAAAGCUCUGUGUGCAUAAGGACUUCAAGCAGCAUGGUGCCCAAGGAAAAUUUAUUGCUUUUUACCUUUUGGGGAUGUUUAUUCCUUAUCUUUAUGCAUUGUACCUCAUCUGGGCAGUAUUUGAGAUGUUUACCCCUAUCCUCGGGAGAAGUGGUUCGGAAAUCCCACCGGAUGUUGUGCUGGCAUCCAUUUUGGCUGGUUGUACAAUGAUUCUCUCUUCCUAUUUUAUUAACUUCAUCUACCUUGCCAAGAGCACAAAAAAAACCAUGCUAACUUUAACUUUGGUAUGUGCAAUUACAUUCCUCCUUGUUUGCAGUGGAACAUUUUUUCCAUAUAGCUCCAAUCCUGCUAAUCCGAAGCCAAAGAGAGUGUUUCUUCAGCAUAUGACUAGAACAUUCCAUGACUUGGAAGGAAAUGCAGUUAAACGGGACUCUGGAAUAUGGAUCAAUGGGUUUGAUUAUACUGGAAUUUCUCACAUAACCCCUCACAUUCCUGAGAUCAAUGAUAGUAUCCGAGCUCACUGUGAGGAGAAUGCACCUCUUUGUGGUUUUCCUUGGUAUCUUCCAGUGCACUUUCUGAUCAGGAAAAACUGGUAUCUUCCUGCCCCAGAAGUUUCUCCAAGAAAUCCUCCUCAUUUCCGACUCAUAUCCAAAGAACAGACACCUUGGGAUUCUAUAAAAUUGACUUUCGAAGCAACAGGACCAAGCCAUAUGUCCUUCUAUGUUCGAGCCCACAAAGGGUCAACACUUUCUCAGUGGUCUCUUGGCAAUGGCACCCCAGUCACAAGUAAAGGAGGAGACUACUUUGUCUUUUACUCCCAUGGACUCCAGGCCUCUGCAUGGCAGUUCUGGAUAGAAGUGCAGGUUUCAGAAGAACAUCCUGAAGGAAUGGUCACUGUGGCCAUUGCUGCCCACUAUCUAUCUGGGGAAGACAAGAGAUCCCCUCAACUGGAUGCUCUGAAGGAAAAGUUCCCAGAUUGGACAUUUCCCUCUGCCUGGGUGUGCACCUAUGAUCUCUUUGUAUUUUAAUCUUGUGGAUGAGCUCUAAGUACAUGCCCAGUGGAUACUCCAUGUGACAUGGUUUCUCCCUAUGUUACGUGGAUGUUUGUAACGUAAGUCAAUGAAUUUUAAUGAUCAUAUGUUCAAAGAGCUUUCUGGGUUAACACUUUUCAGGGCCAAGCAUUAUAAGGGUUUAGCUGUGGCACAAUGAUGCAUGGCCUGUUGACACUUGAAAAUGCCAGUCUUUUGGCACUUAAGCACAUGUGGGUACUGCCACCACACACACGUCAUUUCAUAUGACCUUAAGGACAAAAGCCAACAAACCACUUCAAUAGCUGCCCCUUUAGGAUCAAGAAAGAUGUACACUGUCAGACCAUUGUUGAUGAGACAAAAGUUGUUUCCAAUUUAAGCCCCAAAACCAUUUGUUGUAUUAGUGGAUGGUGGGUAAAAUAUCAUUCACUGAGGUAAUGAUUCCCCUUGAGAAUAUAACUCUGUGUAGGUCACUGCAAAGUGAUUGCCAUAGGGCUGGGAGAGAAGCAUUGCACUCUUGAGGCUGUAGCCUGUGUCAAGCUGUUUCUUCAGGCAGCCUCUCAAAUGUGCUUUGUCUCUUUGUGCUGAGGCCUGGACCCUGUGCUGAGCUGGUGACUCACUGUCCUGACAAGUGGACACUCAGAUCCACUGCUGUGCUGCUUUCCUGAGGUGGUUUUCUAUACCUGUUUUCCUCUGAAACAUGUCUGUUACUCCUCUCCAUCUUACCAAGUUGAAAAGGGGAAUAUUUGGCCACAUACCCCUGUUUUUCGUAGGUUCUUUUGGUUCAGAAUAUUGUUUGUGCCAGUACAUGACCUUAACUUCCUUCUCAGAGCACUAAGCUGCCAUCUGGGCUAUUCUGGGGUAGAAGGCAGGCUGGGAGUGGUGGGCAUUUUAUAAAUAUUUAUUCUCUUUUGUUUCAUAGGAGUCUUGUGUUAUACAAGGUUAAUCCUUUAUGGUAUAAUCUUAUUGAUGCACUGGGCCUAUCUUUUUGUUUUCCAGCCAGUUGAAUAGAUUAGUUUUUCUCAGUAACUUACUAUCCAGCAGACUGGCUUUCCUGAGACUUGAGGUUGUGGCUUAUACUGGAAUGAGACCACUGUACGUGUAGGUGGUUCAGAUCCUGUGUAAUGGCAGCAUGAGGACUUAAAGGUGGUUUUCAUUUUGAAGAUGGCUACGUAGCUUGUAAGGUGUAUCACAGCAGUACCUCUCAUGGCUUUUUGGUUCCAGCAGUGAGGGCGUUGGUGAGAUCCAUGGUAAACUGUGCAAGCUUUCUUUUUAUCAUUAGGAAAUGUGAAACGUUGGACAAAGUUUGAGUUUUAACAAGGACAAAAAGUUGAAAGAAAAGGCACAGUUAACAAAAAAGGGUAGCUAGAUUUAUCCUGGGUGAUGGAGGAAAUGAGAGAGGAAUGCUCUUGAAAGGUGGUCUGUGGAUCUGUCUGAAUAGAAAGAGCAUAAUAAGUGUGCAUCGCAGGAGAAAACGUCCUUGAAACUGCUUGUCUCAUGUGUAUGAUGUGCUUUUUAAAUCAUGCUCCUCAUUGCCUGCCUAAUCUGUGACUCCCUAAAAGCUAACUGGGCCCAUGUAGAUAGGGCUGCAGCCAGAGCUGAAUAACAUGUUAGGCUGACACAUGUAUCAGCACUGCACACUGGAAUCAUUGCUCUUCCUGGACUUUGUAGAAAAGAGUCUGGCUCCUGCUACUUUUAUCUGUCAGGUAGCACAUAAGGUUUGCAGGGUUUAUAUCUUGUAUAGAAUCACAGUUGUGGAGAAAAAGUAAUAAUUUCUCAAUGAAUUUUAAAAAUGGGCCUAUUUUCUAUCCCUGUGGUUAAUCUGAUAUAAUUAGUGUUCCCUGUGAAUUCCCCCCCUUUGGGAAGGAUGCCUUUACUCUUUAUCAGUAAUAAGUUAUAACUGUUUUCAUACUGCCUUAGGGUUAUUUCCCUGUGUAAACCAUUGUCGUUUGUUUUGGUUUUCUUUAGCAUUAUGAAGCUUUGGUGUUGUACAAGGUCAGUAAUAAGACGCUCACUAGUCUCAGGGCUUGUGUAAUAUUUUGGGAGGUCAUUUAAAUGCCAGAAAUGGUCAAGCAAUUAUACACAGUAUUUAUGACUCUCUUAAGCACACCGUUUGUCUGUCACAUUAGUAGCUUCUGAGAUUAAAAAAAAUUUUUUAAGAGUGAUCAUUUAAAUAGUUUCUAAACGGUCUUUUUAAGCUCUAACAAAGUCACUAACAAAUGCAUUAUUUUCUACAGAAUUAAAUGUUAGUAGUACAGUACUGCAUAUUCAGGGAAAAAGUGUGAAGAAUUAUGAUUUCAAAGUAGUUCGUUCUUGUGUUUGACCUAAGAAUGAUUGUCGCAUGAAGUGUUUGUUUUUACAGUUUAGCAUAUAUAAACAAACAUGAUGGGAUUCCUUAAGAUGUUACCACCAAGGGGGCCACAAGCCAGCCUGCUGUCUCAGGAAGCUGUAGAAGGAGUGUUUGUCAAUUUCUUGUCACUGGUUUGCUGACUUACUGAGGAUUAAUUGUUGCCUUACAAUGUUACUGAAAUAAACUGUUUAAUAUAC